GUCCUCCGCAUUCCCCACCCAUCCGAAUGACCUCGAUACACUGCCAUUGAGAUGCGGCUACUGUGUGCCUCCAAUGGACUCCGAUCCAGGCACAGGCUACUAGCAUCCGCGAUCCGAUGCCAGCAACGCGGUUACAAAGCCGCCGUGAUAGGUGCCGGUAUCACUGGCCUGACGGCCGCCUGGCAGCUCGCUCAAGACUCUCAGUGCUCCAAAAUCACGAUAUACGAGAAGUCGUCUCGUCUUGGUGGCUGGCUGCAGUCUGAAACGAUUCCAGUAGAAGGUGGAGAAGUUGUGUUUGAGUAUGGACCUCGCACUCUGAGAAGUGCAAUGCCGGCAUCUCUGCCUCUGCUGUACUUGACCUCGAAUCUAGGUCUCUUUGACGAACUCAUCACCACCUCCAGGCGAAGUCCCGCAGCGCUGAAUCGAUACAUCUACUAUCCCGAUCACUUAGUCCGUCUUCCAUCACCGGAUCCCAGUCUGUCAUUCAUCCAAAAUGUCCAAAAUAUCUUCAAGACCGUUAUGAAUGAGCCUCUAUUUGAGGGAUUGAUACCCGCUAUUCUCUUCGAAAACACCAAACCCUCGCGCCUACCAGAGCUCUGGGAUAAAGACGAGUCUAUCGCCCAGUUCAUUACUCGGCGAUUCAACCACAAGGUCGCGGAUAAUCUGGUUUCAGCAGUGAUGCACGGAAUCUAUGCCGGUGACAUUGAUCAAAUGAGCGCGCAGACGAUUCUGGGCGGCAUCCGCAACCUGGAGGAUGGUGGCGUCUUGAACAGCCUGUUUGUGAAUGCGUUGUUGGGGAAGAAGACGAGAUCGAUGGAUGAUUUCUUGGCUAUAGAUGCAAUUACCAAGACGCCUGAAUCUGUGAAUCGCACGGAACACAUUUUCAGAGUUGUCAAAAAGGCUAGCACCUUUACCUUCAAACGGGGAACACAGCAGCUUGUGGAGGGUUUGAUUGACUCGUUGAGGGCGUCCAAAAAAGUCAACGUGGUAAUCAACUCAAAUAUCACGUCCAUGGACCCGCCAGAUAACCCUGGUCAUCAAGUAAAGAUCUAUACUGGGGCAAAUGAAGUUCAAUCCUACGAUCAUGUAAUCUCUGCAGUCUCUGCACCUGCGCUGGCCAGCAUUCUGGAUCCCAAAGCUCGCUUCAAGAUGUCUCAAGUUGUGGACCUAGAGAAGGGAAGAUUUUCAUACAAACUGGAAGUGCAGAGUCAUUCUAAACCCGUCACGGAGACUCUUAGACGACUACAACUACACUGUGGUGCGACCACUGUGAUGGUAGUCAACUUGUACUACCAAAAUCCCAACCUCCUGCCCGUGGAUGGCUUUGGCUACUUGAUCCCCCGCUCCGUCCCCUACGAGCAAAACCCCGAGUGUGGUCUAGGCGUGAUAUUUGCCUCAGCGUCCAGUGUUGGCGAAAGCCCCGUCGCUCCAUACCCAACCGUCUCACAAGAUUCUGCCCCUGGUACCAAGAUUACAAUCAUGUUCGGCGGCCACUACUGGGACGGAUGGAAGAAGGAAGACUAUCCAGACCACAAGACCGCCGUGCGAAUGGCGCGAAGCAUGCUCGAAAGACACAUCGGCAUCACUGACGCCCCGGCAGUCGUGCGGACCCGGUUGCAAGAAAACGCUAUCCCUCAGUAUAAACCAGGUCACCUGAGAAAUAUGUACCAGUUGUCCCUUGCAGCCAAGAAUGAUUAUUAUGGCCGGCUUGUUUUGGCCGGUAACUCGUUUAAUGGUGUUGGAGUGGGUGAUUGUGUCAGACAGGGUAUUCUUGCGGCUACUUAUGGCAUUGGUCGACAUGAGCUAAACGCUGGCCCUGGACUUUGGUGUCCGUGGAAGGAGUUUGAUUACCAAAAUUGGGAUUUGAAGGGCGGCAUUACUACUGCGCCUGUGCGACUAUUUGAGUCGAAAGUUUAAAUACUUCUGGUUAUACCCCAACGCCAUCAUCCACCUCCUCUCUCUUUACUCCUUUUAGGUUUCUCUUGGUGUCAGGCUUUCUAGCGGGCUUGAAAUUGGGUUGGUGGGGUUGCAUUUUAUAAUAGAACAAGUCGUUGUACCAUUUUCGCAUUGAAUUUCUAUGCUAAAUAUAUAAUACCAGAGAUGGCUGGCACAUACCAGACCCUGAACCUCACUAUUCCAAAGGGGCGAUUGCCUCGGAACAUACAGUGAUAGUUUCCACAAAAUCAACGAAUUCCUUGACUUCCAUCUUUAUAAUGUAGGAAAGAUACCGAGUCACCUGGAGACUCCCUAUAUUUGAGACAUGCAGGCGGGAUUCGUGGGGAGGUAUUGCCUCUAGGGUGUGGUGGAAAUAGUGUUGACACGACCCACGAACAUGAAGCCAGAUUGCUCAAAGCAGAUUGCCAAUCAAAACAUACAUGAUUUGAUAGCGCUGGGAGUCGUGGUCCUCAGUAUCGACGAUCCGAUAUACUUGAGAUGGCACCGACAGCCUGCUGGAGUUUCCUUUAAGUAGUUUUGCAGAGUGCAAUGGCCGUUGAUCGAGAGAGGUAGGUGACGAAAAGCGCAGGUAGCCACGAGAUCAGGCCUUCCCCAGGCAAUCAUUCUCCUUCUUGUCGCCAUUAGAGUCAAACCCGAGCGCGUCCAGUUGACGAAUCAGCUCAGGAAUCUUGAUGAGCUUAUCAAGCUGCUCGGGCAGGAGGACUUCGCCCUCAUUCUUCUUGUCGCGCAGGUCUCGGGCCUGUCGAAGCUUCUUCUUGAGAUUACGAGCUUUCUUCUCCUUCUCAGCUUCGAUAUCGACAGGGUCUUGUGCCGGCUGCUCCGCUUUCUUGGCAGCUGGCACGCGCCAGUUGUCCGAGUCGGCUCCCUUCUUCUCAGUGAUAGGCUCAGAGCCCUCGGUCUCCUUUGCCUUGCGUCUAGCUUCUCGGCGCUUGGCGUUUUUGUUGCUAGCGGUCGUGCUGGCGGCCUGGGCAGCUUUGUCGUCUUCACUGCUCAUGAUUUCCGCACCUGGCACCCCACCUUUCCCACGGGUUUUCCACGCUGCGGCUGCGCGGUUUCUGUAGAGCUCAACAUCCUCUGGAGGCUUGUAGCCGGGUUUUACGCGGAUUUCUCGACGUUUAGAGCCAUCUGCUCGCACUGAAGAAGGGAUGUAGCGCUCGCCAGUUGUGGCGUCGGUGGUAAUGCCGGCGGAGGAAACGUUGGAGGACAUGGUGGUUAUUGUUGGAGUCGAGAGAUGCAGGAAAGGUUGAGGAAAAUAGUGAUUCUCGAAUGAGAGUAGAUUUGCGACCCGACCAGGCACGAGGCCGCAAAGAAACCCAAGUAGAAUCGAAUUCCAGUGAGGUGUGCAGUGCAAUUGCAAUCGUAAAAUGGUUUGUGG